AUCGAGUUGUCAUCGACACCACUUCCUCCCCUCCCCAUGCUUGCGCAUCCAUGCUUGACAGCCCUCAGGCGCGCGACGCUCCUCACAGGCGCACUUCGCUAUCGUUCCCACUCUGCUGUGUUGAAGGAGUUUGCGCCAAUGUAUACCAAGAUCGCGACAAGUGUCGACACCGAUAUCAGCGACAGCACUAUCGAGCCGUUGAACAUAAACCGGUUGACUUUCAUCGGUGGUGGCAACAUGGCAGAGGCCAUUAUCUCAGGUCUCAUGGUGCAGGAGCUACUCCCGCCGAGCAAAAUGAUGGUAUCCGCGCCGACUGAAGAGACCCGCAAGAAGUUUCAGCAAAUGAAUAUUCCCACGGCAGCAGAGAAUGAGAAGGCUCUAGACUCUGCCGAUGUCGUCGUGAUUGCUGUCAAGCCGCAAAUGCUUCCGCAGAUCUUUCCCGAAAUGGUGGAGCACAUGAAACCCGAUGCGCUUGUCAUUUCAAUUGCUGCGGGGGUUACCAUAAAUGAAUACCAGACGCAUUUGGGCCCGGAUGUGAGUGUCGUACGGUCAAUGCCCAACACGCCCGCCAUGAUCGGAGAAGGCAUCACAGUGUGGACACAGUCGUCCAACGUGAGCGACGUCCAGCACAAGCUGACGAAGUGCAUUUUGGGAGCCUUUGGGCAUGAGAUCUUUGUCGACGACGAGGGGAACCUCGACAUGGCCACUGCCUUGUCUGGAUCUGGUCCAGCGUACUUCUUUUUGGUGGCAGAAGCCAUGAUCGAUGCCGGUGUUCACAUGGGGUUCAGCCGAUCUGUGUCGCAGAAACUCGUGCAGCAAACGAUGCUCGGGUCAGCAUUGUACAUGCAGGCGUCUGGCAAGCAUCCCGUCGUGCUGCGCAACCAAAUCACGAGUCCAGGCGGGACGACGGCGGCGGCCAUGUAUCGCGCCGAGAAGAGCGGAUUCCGCGCAGUGAUUGCCGAUUCCAUUUGGGCCGCAUACGAGCAGUCCAAGGCGCUGGGGGCGCAGAAACGAACUUAAAGACAACAUAUUGUACCAUGUGUGAUAACUAAAUGGUUUUUACUUGUCUUCCAAA